ACAGUUUCAUUUGUGAGCCUUACUCAUAAAAAUAUACAUGAAAAAAUCUGAAAGAAAAGGUACAACUUUAAAAGGUACUGCAAAGAUUUCAAAAUGAAUAAGUGAUUUGUUUAGAGAUUGAUAAAUUUAAGUUUGAAUAGCUUAUUUUAAGUUUAAUAAGAACGGGAAACACAUUUUAAUGCUAUCGAGAAUAGGAGUUUUUGCCGGUCGAGUAUGAACAAGUCUGGGAAAGGAUUAGACAAUAAUAAUACUAUAGGCUUUAUUUUUAAGGUUAGAUGUUAAACAGAACUGAUGGUUAGCACCAGCUAUGAACCUUUUUCUGUCAAAAAUACAUUGUUUCACUUUCAUCUUACUACUUUAAGUAUAAUCUAUCCUUGUUAAAGGAACAUAUUUUUAAAAUUUUUGGUUAAAUUGAAAUUUAAAUACUAGUACUAGCAUUAGUAUUUGCCAGGUGAAAGCCUAAUAAAUAUAAAAUUUUAUGAUUUACUAAUUAGGAGCCUAGAUCUAUGUCUAUGACUAUGGAUGAGUAUUAAUAUUUUGAUUCUGAUUAUUUUAAUUUGUUUUCAUUUUCAUCAUUAUGAGUCAUGAGAUGAUUUAACCACCCAAACAUCAGGCCCUCUAUCAUCUAUGAAUCUAUGCCAUCAAUCAUUCUCAUUUCAUUAUAAUUAUAGCAGCAAGAAAAAGAUGAAAUAUUUAAUAUGUUUCAUUGAUUGAAAUUCAAAUGGCUAUUAUUAAAUUGAAUUUGGUUCAUUCUGCUAACAAUAAACUGAAAACAUAAGUGACAUGACAUAAGCAUAAUUGAACUGUCUAUUUCUAUUACUAAGUCUAGGCUAAUCAGUAAUAUUCAGCCUAUUACAAUUAAGUCUAAGACUUACCUACUCAGUUAACAAUAUAUUUUUAGUCACUUAACCUUGUAUUUCAAAUAUUCUAUUGAAACCUUAAAAAAUUGUACACAGCCUUGGCUGGCUAAGAGUUUGCAAAAGAGAAAAAAGUUAUCCCGAAUGUUCCCUGAAUUGUAAAUAGAAAUAUAAUUUAAACAGUAGCUAAACCUUGCACUUGGCAGUUCUCAUUUUUUUCUAAGAUCAAGAACAUACCAUAUGUCUGUAGUCAAUUUGUCUUUGGAUGGUUGUUUACAAUAUGGCAUAUUCUUUUUUCAAAUAUGGCAGAUAUGAAUUUGUCUCGGUUUAUGUCGAUGUCUAAAAAAUUCAUGUUACCGCUAUUCCUCAUGAUAAAAAAACACAAGAUUAUCAGUCAAAUCAGAUUAAAAACAUUGAGAAAUCUAACCCAAAUUUUAAAAUGUUUAGCAAUUUUGCUUCUAAACAUUGUCAAUAUUAUAUUUUCAUCAAAAUUGAUGUUUUAAUAUAAAUUAGAAGGUAUUUAUUUGUUUCUUAUUUUGCAGAUGUUAGGCCUAAGACGUUAACUUUUCACUUGUCUAGUAUAACGUUUUUAUCGUUUUGAAGCCACUCACUGCAAUGAGUUACUCAAUGACAGAUCCUGAUUUAUCCAAAUCAAAUUUUAAAGGUAAACCAUACCAGAAUCGUGUGUAUUUGUAUUCCAUUCACUUUAAGUCUUAUAAUUUCUAGGUUCAUGGCAUUUUCUUUCCUUUAAAAACAAACAAAACAUGUAUUGAAUGACACUGUAAAUUUAGCUGAAGCUCACUGGACCCUCAGAGUUGCACUUGCACAACAAAUAAAGCCAGCUCAUUCAAAAGUUUAGAGUGCACUCAUAAAAUAUUUUAAAAAAUCAAUUUUUUUUCCAUGUAUAGUAAAAAUUAGAAUUAUUUUGUUACUAAAGUUAUCCAUGAAAAUCUUAAGUUACUAAUAUAGUAUGGGGUCAUUCAUAAAUUAUGUCAGACAUCUAUGGUAGAGAUGGUAAUCAAACCCACUUUUAGAAGUUUGAUUAGGUUUGGAUGUCAGCAGGGUUCAGUCAUCAGCAGGGUUCAGUUCAGUCAUCAGCCUGCUUCAGUUUGGGUUUGGUCAUUAACAGGGUUUCAGUUUGGUCACAGCAGGGUUUCGGUUUGGGUUCAGUAGCAUCUAAAACUUGGUUUUGGCAACCUGUGCAGUUCAAGGGUUAAAAGGGGAGAGACUGCAAUCAGGUAAUCACAAUAGGAAAUUAGUAAAAAAAAAAAAAGUGGUUAAACCUGAAAAAAGGAACGAAACAAAACAAUGAACUUUUCGGCAGAAAGCCUUCAUCAGCGAACAAACAGAAAAAACAGAAUAAAAUUAAAAAAUGGCACUUAGCUGAGAAGUAGUAUCCAAGAAGGCAACAAAUGAUUUGUGACAGAAAGUAGGUGGGUGAGAGAUUAAAUAGAGAAGAGGAAAAGAAUAGAUGAGAAGUAAGUCCACUGCGAUAGGUCAUGACGUGGAGUGGCAGAGCUAGGCUCAAGCUGUGAAUAGAAACAUGAUGUUCAUACCAUGGAGUGUCAAUGUGCCAUAGGUCUGUAUAAGCUUGUGUUCCAAAUUCACCCGGCUUGGUGUGUUUGUGCUAGCCACGAUUAGCACAUAUUGAAAAGUCCGCCUUGCCCCGGUGGUCGCUUCUAUUGAAGUAUUUGGAGACUGUUUAUCUUGCGUAAUAUUACGGAGGUGUUCAUUACACCUGUCAGAGAGUCGGCGCCCUGUCUCCCCAAUGGCAGCGAAUGCAAACAAUGGCGUUGACAACAUUGCGGCUAGUGCCAAGGAAGCCAUAAAAGUGGAUGGAUGGAUGUCAUUUAUGGAUUGGCCCUAAGACAAUCCAUAGCCCCUAAGACAAUCGAUAGCCCUUGUUUCUUUUUUUUCUGUGCAAUAAUGUGCACAAUGAAUAAAAAGUUCACAUAAAAUAGUGCAUCGCCUUAAAAAAUAACAGGAAAUGUUAGUUAUGUUGCAAUCUUUCAAAGAAAGAUUAUAAUUUUUUAAUAAGUGACAAACACGCUUAAUCUAAUAACUUUUUAAGGCUUUUAUUUUCUUUUGAUUUAUUUAGUUAUUUUUCAAAUGCAAGUAGACAUUAAGAAAUUUAAAAAAUAACAAAUUCCAAAAAACAUUGUUCCUAAAUUUGCUAGUGUGAACACUUGAAAAAAAAUGGUGUGCUAGCAUUAUACUACAGAUUAAUUAAUUUUUUUUAUAAAUGGUUUCAUAUGCCUAGCUCUGUUGACUUUACAUACAUUUGAGGUCAAUAACCAAAAAAUUUCUAUUUAAUCAUUUCAGACCCUGACGUUAGCCUUCUGGUAACGCAGAACCAAACAUUAGCAUCAGAACUUGCCCAAUGCCAGGUUAGACAUGUGAUCAAUAACUUAAAUGCAUUUUAAACAUUUUGACCUCAGUUAUAUGUUCUCAUUGGCUUUUUCUAAUCUAUUGACAUUGUGAACAAUGUGGAUUGGUCUAUUUAAAGAAAAUUAUAACUCUGUCACCAAUGGGAAGCUUUCAAUUUUGAGACGUAACCAUUGGAACUGUCACCGAAUCCAUUUUUUGACAAGUGUAUUUUCAAAGCUUAGUAAAUUAAAAAACAAAGAAAAAUCUCAAGAACAAAACUUGAGAAGAAUGUUUUUAGAAACAGAUAAUGAGAUAGAGAAUUAUUAAUAAGUAUUACACCGUUUUAAUGAACAUUAUUUACAAAUGCAUCUACAUUUAAGGGAAUUGUAUUGCUUGUAGACUGGGGAAACACCUUCAUCUAGUAUGCACCAUAAUGCAAGCUGAAACAUAGUGUCUGAUGUUAAGAGCCCCAUCCCGAGGGUUUUAAUGGGGUCACAUGUUUUGGGCUGUCUUAUUCCCUAUAGUGACUUUUAUCCAUUUUCCUUUAGGCUGAUAAAGAGUUCGUGUGGUCACUGUGGAAAAAACUGCAAGUGUCAAAUCCAGAUGUCACAGAGGCUGUUGCUCUAGUCACACAAAGGUAAGAUAGUUAGAAUAGUAAAUAACUUGAUUCACAGUCUUUGUGUUGUAUUUGUAGAAAUGCAGUAAAAAAAAUAGUUACAUGGGUAAAAGGUAAUUUAUUUAUGGAAGGACAAUAGAAGAAGAUGCAAAGUGAAGGGAUAAAGGGGGAAAGUGGUCAGUGGUUUGGUCAAGGAAAUGGAGUAUGGAAUUAAAAAUGAAUUGGUGAGCCGGGGAAGGGGCCAGCCAUAAAUGACGUCAUGCGGCGGGGGGGGGGGUGGUCAGAUUUUUGUGACGAGGGUGAGGGGGCAGGCCUCAAGCCAUGUGAAGUCACAUGAAAAGCAGAAUGUUGUAGUAAAGAAUUUCACUUCAUAACACUAAAUUACAGAAAUUUUUAACAUUAUUUAAAAAAACUAAAUAAUUAUAAUUAUUUUAUUUAAAACUACUACCACUGAGAGAAUCAGUACAGUAGGGAUGCGAGGUCCGAAGAAUGGUCUCUGAUCAAGUUACAGGACACCCAGUAGUAGGAGAAUCGGAAUGUAGUUACAAUGACGAUCGUGAGAAUUUAUGGCUAAAUCUGGACACCGGAAGUGGGAUGAAGCGAGAAAAAACAGGUUUACACCGGGGUGGGGGUAUCUAAGUAAAUGCUCUAGGGCAGGGACUCUUAACCUUUUUUGCAGCGUUGCAGGCCCACUCUGUUUUAAACAUCCCUCCCCCAACUGUUUAAAUUACAUUGUAAUAAAAUUAAAAUUAAUUAAAUAAUUUAGUUAUCCUAGGUUUAUUUCUUUCAUUAACUUUUUAUAAACAGGGGAAAAAAAUUACCAAUACACACAAUGCGCCAAUGAAAUUCACCAUUGACUGGUGCUAAUCAAAAUCGCUAAAUUUCUUUUUUUUUUUCUUUUAAAGCAGCAACAACUUGCAAUUGCAGCAAAUAGAAUCAGUGGCGUAGCUAGGGUUGGUGUCACCCGGUCCAGUAAGCUCGUGGUGUUACCCCCCCCCCCUUUUAAACGAUGCAUUUCUUUUUGUUAAACUUAGUCCACAGUAUAAGAAAUACAAGAACAACAUGGUCCAGUAAGCUCUUGGUGUUACCCCCCCCCCCCCCUUUUAAACGAUGCAUUUCUUUUUGUUAAACUUAGUCCACAGUAUAAGAAAUACAAGAACAACAUCAAAUUAAUUGAAGGUCAGGGGGUAAAUGUAUUUAAGAACUGUAACAUUCUUAGAAUCGCCCAUUGUUAUCAAAGGAUAGUUGUAUUUCUUAGAAUUUAGAUAAAAAUAACUUCCUGCCACUUACAAAAGUUACAGAACACUUCAUUCGGCGAUGAAACAUGGUCAAAACGGUGUGUUUCUGACCUAAAAAUAAGGUAACCUAAUUGCUGACGCGUCAACCUUGAAAUUUUAAUAUUAACGAAACACGCAUUUUGAUUGGUUACAUGUGUGGAAAAUGCACAUGUCAUCUGUUAUCCUUUUAUGAAUUUCGGUUAGACCGAUUAGUCUGUGCUCUGUAAUUACGCUAUCUUUCAUUUAGGUGUCACCCCCUAAGAUGGUGUCCGCACCUCCCUAGCUACACAACUGAAUACAAUUUUUUGGUCUUCCACAAGUCAAGGCUGGGGAGGUACUUGUACCCCUGGUUAAGAACCACUAAUAUAGUGAAAUGUUUCUGACACAGGUGCAGUAAUUUGAUAUCCAUGGGAAGCAAAUUUUUUAAGGGUUUGUAAAGGACAGUAGUGGACACAGGGCCGGGUGGGUGCAGAAAUUUGUGCAGAGAUUUGUGACGUGAUAUUUGAGGGGGGGGGGGGUCUAACUUUUUGUGACGAUUUGUGACGAUGGGGGGAAGGGGGCAAAAUUGGCGUGACGUCAUUUAUGGAUGGCCCCUAAUUGCAUUUCCUCCUAAUUUUAAAUGUUUCAGAUGAAUAUUUAAUUUAUUCACAGAGAGAAAGAAAAAUCUGAAAACAAGGAUCGUAAGGUUUUGGAGAUUAUUCAAGUGAAAGAUGAUCGCAUUGAAGAGCUCCAGGACAUCGUUACUAAACAGGCUGAGGAAAUUAGCAACGUACUCUCUAAGUAAGGUUUCUGUUUGAUAUCUUACAUAAUAGUCGUAUGGGUUAAUUUUGUUUCUGGCUAAUGGCCAUAUUAACUAUUGAGUUUGACAUGACAGGAAGUUGUAAGGAAUGUGUUUCAUGUUUCAGAAAAGUGGAGCUGACAGAAAAAGUGACAAGACUCCAAUUGGAGAAUGACAGACUGUCUGAGAGGAUUAACAUGCUGGACAUUCAGGUAAAGAUUAGUUUACAGUAUGAUCAGUAG